GGAAAAAAAAAAAACAACUUCGACGAAAGACUCGGCGAACAAAACACACUCGCUUCAACAACUCUCUAUCUCUCUCUACUUGUCACUCUCUAAUCUACACACAAUUAACAAAGCUCAAUCUCUCUCUUCUCUUACUCUCUACCUCUGUAGCUGAUAGGGUCAGCUUCGUCGGCGCUAUUUCUGCCGGAUUUCACGGACGAUUUGAGAUCUGUUCUUCCUUCUUCUUUUUUCCUCUCCUGAUCUGAUUCAACUCUAAUCUGCUUCAGUCUCUGUGUUACGAACUGAUUCCGUUCAGUGAAAAAAAAUGUUGAGCGUUUCAAGCUUCUGCAGUUUAAUGGGAGACUGAGGAGUCAUUUGAGUGAAACGUUUGGAACUUUGGAAACAGAUGGAGUGUCGUUUGGAGUUGAAGAAAGGUUCUUGUGAUAGACCACCAUUUGUAGCUGCUGAGAAGAAGGUAUUAACUAAGGAAAGCUCAAAGGCAUUUACACCGGAUAAGUUUAGAGACGAUAAACGCGGGUUAUCUUACUCCGAUUUCCACCGCGAGAUCACGAAAAAAGUUGAAGAUGUAUGUCCUAAACGCUUGGAGAAUCGUUUGAAGUCAAGGAUAGGUAGAACUGCUUCAGGAGAAAGAGAUCUUGUGAAGUACAAGUCUUAUGUGCCGAGUUAUAUAAAGAAAUGUGAUAAAGUUGAAGACAAGAGUGUUAAAGCUGGUGGUGUUAUUGGUUCACAGGAGCUAAGGAAUAUGCAAGGGAUUGAUAAACUGAUGGAUAAGCAUACGAGGUCUUCCUUGUCUAAUACAAGUACAUCGUCUUCUCUCUGGACUGAUGAGUCAUCGACUGAUUCCAGUAGAGGUCUUUGUGCUUCUCCUUUUCGUAAAAAGAUCAAUCACCCUCCUUUGCAGUAUUAUCUCAUGUCUUCUAAGCCUGGAGAUAAUUUUCAAGAUUUGGAGCCACCUCAAGAUAACGGUGAUACUUCUCACAGUCAUAGAAGAGAUGGGCAGUUUCAUCAGACCCCUCGUGCAACUGCGGUCCAACAGAAUGAGAAGAAAGAUACUGAUGUUAAGAUUGUUCCAAAGACAAGAACUCUCUUUAGUCCAUCGAAGCCAGAUAGUCCUUCUUGCACAAGGAUAAUAUCAAAGAAUCUAGCCGAGGAUUUUAAGAAGAAAGGAGAGAAGUUGGAAGAGAGAAUCCGAAAUCCUCGUGUUCAUGAUCUCUUUGGAAAAGAAAAGCCUGCUGCUGUAUUUGUACCAGGGAUUGUUUCUCAGAAACAGUUUAUUGGUUUGUCCAAGUUCUAUGAUUCGAAAGUGUUACUAGCUGAGCGAUUGGCGGAAAGUAACCGAAAGGGGUUCACAGAGAGGUUAGCGCAUGGGAAAACUGCAGUUCUUGACUCUGAUGUAGGUCCUUUCCGACGUGAAGCUGAUGGAGGAAGUAAGCCAUUCUUAAAACGUAUCAGCUUCUUAUCAGAAAGAUCAUGUUCAGCUCCACGAUCAAGAAAGGCUGAAUCUAGUCCCUCUAGAAGCAGGACUCUAGAUAGAAGGUCAACAGAAACAUUACCUAAACAGUCAGAUCAGAAACCAGCUAAAGUCUUAUCAGAAAGAGCUAGGAGCAUUUCACCAUUUCGCCGACUCAGCUUCAGCAUUGGAAAGUCCAGUAAAAACUCCAACACCGAAGAUGCUAAGACUCCUCCACACUUAAGCACAGCACUUAUUUCAUCACGAGCUGGUUUAGACAAUCCAUCUGCCUCUUCUUUCAGUGACAGCUCUUCUUUUGAUAAAACCAGUGCAGCAAACAGAGGCAGGUCUAGUCCAUUGAGAAGGUUACUCGAUCCUUUAAUAAAACCAAAAUCAAGCCACUCAUGUAGAUCUCCUGAGCCAUCACUAAAGGAAGCACCUUCAAGUCAACCAUCUUCGUCAUCCUUUCUGUCGAGAAAUGGAAAAUCUUCAACUGUUCAGGCUCUAUUUCGUGUGACAUCUAAGAAUGAUCAACCACUCUUCACUUUUGCGGUUGAAAAGGAACAAAGUAUUACAGCAGCUACAAUAAGAAAACAGACUCUCCCAGAGAAGGAAGACUAUGGACACAAGUAUACUUUUUUCACUGUUCAAGAAGUACAGAAGAAAAAUGCAAAAUGGAUGAACAACAGCAGGAAAGUCCAAAGCCAAGAGUACACAUCCAACAUUGUCGCUCAGAUGAGAGUCUCAGAUCCUAAGCCUCUAUUUCUCGCUGGAGAAAGAUCUGCGGAAAACCUCUUAACUAGAGAGUUUGUACUUGUUGCAUCUGAAUCGCAGCGGACUAACGAGCUAGCUGCCAUGGUGAUCAAGAUACCAAAACUUACAGACACAACAAGCUCAACCACUCUUGGAGAUUACUUUGCAGAGGUUAACGCAACAGUGGUACUUCCAAGUGGAGUUCACAGUCUCCCGCACAAAGGAGGGCCGUCAUCACUGAUCCAACGAUGGAAAUCAGAUGGAUCAUGUGACUGUGGAGGCUGGGACACGGGAUGUAACCUUAGAAUCCUCACAAAUCAGCAUAAUAAACCCAUAAACCCUUCUCCAACCACUUCAGAUGCCUUCAAGCUUUUCUUUCAGGGAGGAGUACAGGAGAAUAACAACCAACCAUACUUGAGUUUCACUACAUACAGAGAAGGUGUUUACGCGGUUGAGUACAAUACAUCGCUCUCACUCUUGCAAGCAUUCUCCAUUUGUAUAGCGGUUAACGAGGGACGAAAUCCGUUAAUAAAGACCACCGUGGAACCCAACACUUCACGUGUAGAGAAGAAAGCUUAUGGAGGAGAGAUGUCAUCGAUUCAAAACGAGAAUUUGAAGUCAUUUUCAGGUCCUAUUGAAGCUGAGGCUCCGGCUAGGUAUCUCUCACACCACCCACCUUUGUCUCCUGUUGGGAGGGUUUAGUUGCUUCUUCAAAUAAUCUUGUUAUAUAUAUUUUUUUCUUUUCUUUUCUCUUCUGAUGGGGUUCGUAUUUUCUGUGUAAUUACGGCGUGGAAGUAGAUUACGUUAAAUAGAGAAAUUUGUGAAACUUGUUGUAAUCGAAUAUCCACAUUUAAGCUAAUAAAAACUCUUAUGUUCUUGACUUCUUUCUUCUUCAAUUACAAUUACC